AUGCCCUACAAAUACCAUAAUCAGAUGCUGUUUUUGAAAAAAGUAGUUGCUGCUGGUGAAACGCACGAAAGCGUAUCUGCUAAACAAACUGAAGAACACACCGAAGAUGACACCACGACAUCGAAUGAACCUACAAACGAAGAUGACAGUGUGACUACAAUGACACAACUUGACAAUGACAGUCAAAAGGAAAGAAAUUUUAAUGAAAUGGAUGCCAAAAUGAUGUCCUACAUUGACUAUCAUAUAAAAUCGAAGAAAAUUGAGCAGGAUGAUCGCAAUUUAUCGUUCUUCAAAGGUAUUUUGCCGUCCUUGGCUUUGCUUGAAGAUGACCAAACUUUGGAACUCUAG